GGAAAAUGUUGACCACACGCGCAUCUGCUGCACGCUGUGUUCCGCAAAUCAACAAACAUGGAAUGCGGUCGGAACUUUGAAGGAAGCACAGCGGCGGCUAGUGAGACUUCUAGCGCAGGUUUUAUGUGCCUCAACAAGGACACCCUCCAACUGUGCUCCUUUUGAUGUGUAUGCUUUUAAAACUCCGUGGUGACUUCGCGCCUCAACUCCGUCGUCUGCAUUCGCCUUAUCGAUGUUCCAAGCAAUGCUGAUCUAUUUCCUGCUGUUACUGGACAAAGCAAGGUGGCGCGGCCGUGUGGUCACGUGAUCGUUACUCGUGAAGUGGCACCCGGCUUGGUUCCACCUCUGACAUCGUCGACUGUGUGGCAACCAGCCCGUUAAAAUGUACCACAUCCUAGAAGAAAUCAAAGGUUUUUACAACAAGACACUGGAAAGUGGCGAUCACCGGGUACAAGACUGGCUGUUUAUGCAAAGCCCAUGGCCAACACUGACGAUAUGCCUGUCAUACGCGUACUUUGUGAAGGUCCUCGGACCCUCCAUCAUGAAGAAUCGGGAGCCCUUGCAACUACGUUGGUUCAUGGUGGCCUACAACUUCUUCAUGGUUGGAGUGAGCCUUAUCAUCUUCCUGCUGCUCGGCAUCUAUGGCUGGUUCGGCCACUACAACUGGAAGUGCCAGCCAGUUGAUUACACAGCCAGUAACGAAGCGAUAUUAAUGACACAUCUCUCAUGGUGGUACUACAUUUCAAAAUUCAUGGAGUUCAUGGACACAAUAUUUUUUGUGCUACGGAAGAAAUUCACGCACAUUUCAACACUCCAUGUCAUCCACCACGGCAUGCUUCCGAUGAGCGUUUGGUGGGGUGUGAAAUUCACGCCGGGUGGCCACAGCACCUUCUUUGCAUUUGUAAACAGCUUUGUCCACGUUUUGAUGUACUUCUACUAUGGUCUGGCAGCCAUUGGACCACAGAUGGCAAAAUACCUCUGGUGGAAGCAACAUAUGACCACCAUACAGAUGGUCCAGUUCAUUGCCAUCUUCGUCCAUUCCUUCCAACUGCUUUUCCGCCCUGACUGCAACUACCCAAGGGGCUUCAUGUGGUGGAUCGGUUUCCAUGCAGUUAUGUUCUGGUUCCUCUUCUGGGACUUCUACAAAAACACCUACUGGAAGAAGCGAUCAGUCAAGGGUGCAGUGGCCAAUGGAACAUCAAAGAAGAACGGUGCCACGCCAGGCAAGAAUGGAAUGUCGAAGAAUGGCACAUCCAGAAACGGCAGCUUUCUCAACGGCUACUGCCACCUCAAUGGACUUCAGGAUUGGGAGGAGGAAGCAGAAAAAUCCAAGAAGCACGAGUGACGUGUGACAAACGGGAGCUGUGCUCGGUGGACAGUUAUGUACCGAUCCUCGGACUCUGUAGAGCGGAGGGUCUCCUUCGCCCCGGGCACUGGCGCCCGCCCGCGUGGUGCUCUCUUGUCUGCUUUUCCUCAGAGGUGGCGCUCUGCACAGCCACGAACAACGGGUAUUUAAUCGUGCUCCCCCUCAUUUGGACAGGCAAAAGAGGCAAGGACGACAGUUUUUUUGCUCAAAGGGACGCGGGGGACUGUCUUUUUUUUUUUUUUCUACUGUGUUCUCACCUGUUUUAAUGUUUGUCAUGUUAAAUCUAAUUCUCACCCAAUAACCUUUCCAAAAAUCCUUCAUUCGCAAAAAAAGGACAUAAAAAGAACUUUGUGACAGCUCUCUAGCCCCCCCCCCACCGGCAGCACUGCCCGUCAGUGGGAGACGUAGCACGCACAUGCAAGUUAGCAACCAACGAACAGUAACCCGAACAACCGUCGCUCGCGUGGUGUGUACCGGAAAGUGUAACACUUUUUCCAUGUGCCUUUUGCCAAGUUUCGAGAAACACACGUGUGUAUUGGAAGUUGCAACAUGUUCUCCCCCCCUUUGUUUCCUUUGCUGCUUGCAAGAGGUUUCUGUGCUGGGACCAAAUCACAAGGGAAUCUGUGCGGGCAGGAUUGUAGAGUGGUGGACGCGCAUCCGUUGACGCUGUGGAAGUAGUGACACAGAAAAUUGGUUGUAUCUUUACCGGUACUUAAGUUGUGGUUCUCCUCUGCGGUUUGUGAGCAAACUGGGAGGACAAGCACCCGCUGAGGCUUUGGUUAUAGUUUUUAGCACUAAUUUUAUACAUAUGUAAUACUUAUAUAGUACCUACAGACGUGACACAGUACACAGAGGGAAUGAAUGCUACGACUGGAUGUGAUUUUUAAGAGGUUACGUUGUGAUUGCCUAGGAAUUCCAGUUUCUAUUUAGCAAAGGCUAGUUUUGUAUACAGUGUAAAAAGUUAUCUAUGCAUUGAGAGGGAAGUCUAAUCAAAAGAUUUUUUUUACUAGUACUUUCCACUGCAGUUGGGCCUUAGCAUGGCAUCCAUUUGCCAACCAAACUGUGCUGUGCAUUACUGUUGAGACAUUGAAAUAAAAUAAUGGAUGAAUGCUUUUGUA